CGCCCCCACCCGCAUCCCCGUUCCCACCACCCCCACCACCACCGCCAACUAGCUGCCGCGGCCGCCGCUCCCAUGGCGGAGCUACGGCCUCGCCCUUCCUGCCGGCUUGCCCUCCUAGCCUGCCUCUGCCUCUUCCUGCUGGCCGCCGCGCCGCCCCUCGCGCUCGCCCGCGCGGCGCCCGCCGCCGACUCGAUACACAAGCUACUGCGCUCGCACGGCCUCCCCGGCGGGCUGCUCCCGCGCGGCGUCGAGUCCUACACCCUGGACGAGGGGAACGGCCUGCUCGAGGCGCGGCUGUCGGCGCCGUGCUACGCGACGUACGACAACGGCGACCUGGCUUUCUUCGACACCGUGAUGCGAGGGAAUCUCAGCUUCGGCGCGCUCCGCGGCUGUGAGGGGCUGGCUCAGGAGGAGCUCUUCAUGUGGCUCCCGGUGAAAGGCAUCCUCGUCUCCGACCCGGGCUCCGGCGUCAUCCUGUUCGACAUCGGCUACGCGCACAAGAGGCUCUCGAGGUCGCUCUUCGAGGAGCCGCCGGACUGUAAGCCGUCAGCCAGCACCAGUAUGGGCGCCGUCGAAGCCGCCAGGUGGAGGGAUAGUCCAGGUGUUCCUGGGCUGAGGGAGAGGAUAGAGGCAGGAGGAGGAGAAGAGCACCUGGACCAGAAGUGAGAAUGAAUGAGCGUGUGAGGAGAGGAGGAGGAGAGAGAAAGACAAGAAGACCGAGACAAUGCAGAAGUUCAGCAGUUUUCCCCUUGUGUAAAAUCAGACAGAACCUGUGGUGAUGAGUGAGAAGUGCUGCAACAACUGAUAAUGCCCGCAGAGGUUGGAAGAAUGUGUGUACUUAAUGGAGAUGUGGGCACCUUUUGCGCUUCUUUUUUGUUCUGUUUUCCCUCCUCUUUCUUUUCUCUCUCUCUCUGGUCUGUCCGUGCAUGCAUGCUCCUGUGUGAUACUAGUUGAGUAUUAAGUUUGUCA